GCGUCUUUUAUUAGCGUCAGCUUGAUGUGUGUGUUUUGCGGGGAGCGGGUCAGCUGGUUUGGAGUUCACUGCUUCACUCAUCCAAGUGUUAGAGACUCGGCAGCUGUGUUUUCCUCCAAACCGACAAUCCCUCCGACGACUGGGCACCGGGUCGGCUCACGGUAGCCCCCCCCCCCCCCCCGGCGGCGCGCUCACUCAGCCCGCCAGCGAUCCACAUGACAGCCCUGAGCCUCCAGCUAGCGUUAGCAUAGCAGCUAAACGAGCGAGACGCACUGGGAAGAAGUGGCUUAAAGAUGGCGGGAGGAAUCACAGAGAGAGGGGAACCCUACUCCCCUUUUGUGGGGCUGGUCUACAUGUUCAACCUGAUCGUGGGAACAGGAGCUCUGACGAUGCCCAAAGCCUUCGCCACGGCCGGCUGGGCGGUCAGCAUCGCGCUCAUCUCCUUUUUAGGCUUCAUGAGCUACAUGACAACCACCUUCGUGAUCGAGGCCAUGGCGGCGGCCAACGCUCAGCUGCGCUGCAAGAGGAGGAAGCAGGAAGAGGUCGAGGACAGCGACUCCAGCUCGGAGGACUCUGGCGAUGACGCGGUGGUCCGAGGCCGACCGGAACCAGAGACCAAGCCCAUCUUGUCUCACCGGGAGAGUCAGAGGUCGGGGGGUCAGGUGGACCACUUUGAGAUCGUGGAGCGGGUGGAGAUGGGUCAAAUGGCCUCCAUGUUCUUCAACAAAGUCGGCGUCAACAUGUUCUACAUCUGCAUCAUCGUGUACCUGUACGGGGACAUGGCCAUCUACGCCGCCGCCGUGCCCAUCUCCCUGAUGGAGGUGGCCUGUGGAAACCACUCCUGCAGCGCCGGAAGUGUGAAGUACAACGACACCGACCCGUGCUGGGGCUCCGUGACCCGGAAGGACGCCUACCGGGUGUUUCUGAGCGUCUUCACUCUUCUCCUCGGUCCGUUCACCUUCUUCAACGCCCAGAAGACCAAGUACCUGCAGAUCCUCACCUCCCUGAUGCGCUGGAUCGCCUUCACCAUGAUGAUCGUCCUGGCUCUCCUCCGCAUCGGCAAAGGCGCCGGCGAGGGCCGCCCGCCGGUGGCCUCGCUCUCCGGCGUGCCCAACCUGUUCGGGGUGUGCGUGUACUCCUUCAUGUGCCAGCACUCGCUGCCCUCCCUGGUGACCCCCAUCUCGGAGAAGCGGCGGGUGGGGGCGCUGGUGCUGGCGGACUACGUCCUGAUCCUGGGCUUCUACGUGCUGCUGUCCUUCACCGCCAUCUUCUGCUUCGACAGCUCGCUGCUGCACGACAUGUACACGCUCAACUUCACCGACAACUGCCACGUGCUGGACGUGCCGGCGCUGCGCUACUUCCUGGGCCUCUUCCCGGUCUUCACCAUCAGCACCAACUUCCCCAUCAUCGCCGUCACGCUGCGCAACAACUGGAAGACCCUGUUCCACCGGGACGGGGGCACGUACCCCUGGGUGGUGGACCGGGUGGCCUUCCCGCUCAUCACCCUGGUGCCCCCCAUCGUGGUGGCCUUCUGCACCCACAACCUGGAGUCCCUGGUGGGCAUCACGGGGUCCUACGCCGGCACGGGGAUCCAGUACGUGGUGCCGGCCUGCCUGGUGCUCUGCUCGCGGCGCCACCUGCAGCCCGCCGCCGCCGCCAACAAGCACCGCUCGCCCUUUGGCCACGCCUUCUGGGUGUGGUUCGUGUUGGUGUGGGCCGCCUCGUGCCUCAUCUUCGUCACGGCCAACAUCAUCCUGACCGACGUCCAGAAAUAGGAGAUCCGAGGACUGUCAAAGGGACCAAUGAGUGAACGACCCGUUGGACACAAUGUGACCUUUAAAUGGUUAAUUAUCUAAUUCGUCCAAAGGGACCAAAUGUCGACACCGGAACACUAUUUAUAUUAACAGGACGCUUUGAAGGAUUUGCACAAAAACAACUUUUUACGAACGGUAAACUUGACAGGAAUUCGUAGAGAGCGUAACGCCAUCUGGCAUGUUGGACUUUUUCAAACCACGACCUACUUCUUAAAGGGCCAGUGCCGCCUAAUGGAGGGAGUGCUGAUAUUUAGUGCGUUUUCUUUUGUGUAUAAUCUCCUGAUUUCAGAUCAGUGGAGUGGGCGCCAUGUUUCUACAGGAGCCCUGAGGGGUCAAAGUUGACCUAAAUGUUUGUUAGACAUUGGUUUCUAUUUUAUACAGAAGCCUUUUUAUCAAAAGGGAAAAGAAAGAUGCAAACUGGUCACAGUAAUCUCCCUUUUGUCGUGUAUGAAAAGGGAAUUUAAACUGAGAAAGUCACUAUUUUAGAUUGAGGGCCUUGUUGGUUGUGGGCGGGGCUACCGUCCGUGUGGGCGGGGUCACUGUCAGUGUGGGCAGGGUCACUGUCUGUGCAUGCAGAGGUCCAUAAAAGUUAAUUAUAACGCCUCAUUUCCAUGCACACUUUGUGCCAUUGAGAAUAUAGACGAUAAUGAUUUAAUCUGAGUGAAUUAUUACUUUGUGAAAAUCUGCCUCUGAGGACCUCUGAGUCGUGCAUUGCACCUUUUUUAAUUUUAUUCAUUUUUCCAGUCAAACAUCUGCAUGUGAAACAUUUUAAAUGACAAUCAGUUUUUGUCUUUAUCUUUUUCGUUUUAACGUUUACAAUUUUUGACUGUUUACAAUAAUUUGUCCUUAUGAUUUGAUCCUUUAUUUUGAUAUUUACAGCUUUAAUGGAUGCUCUGUUUGAUUUCUAUUAUUCACAAAGGAAAUAAAAGGCUCUUAUUUGCCUGCAGACGCCUCGA